AAUACUGAUAGAAAUGACUUAUGAAAACGACGCACUUGACGAUACAUUUCCUGGUUAAGAAAUGAAAGUUAAAAUCCGCAUGCUUAUUUCAAAAGAGUGAAUCAUUUGAAUUCUCAGUUUAACAUUAGCAAACUGCUGAUAUUCUUCUUAUUUUAUGGUCGCGAAAGAAUAUUUUUUCGACAGCGUGCUCGCGGGCUGCUACCGUCUGUGUCAGGUUUUGUGUAAUGCUGGUAUUGUUUUGAUUACCCUGACAACUUGAAGAGCACCAUCGAUAGUGAAAAUAGAUGGCAAACUCGCCAUUACGAGAGCUUCUGUGUAGGUGUUUACUGAGGUGACUCUUCAUAUCACUUCAUCUUCAACUGGAAGUGCACUUAAAGGCAAGAAUGUUAAAGUUGCAGAAAAAGAUGGGUGUUCUUAUGUCAGCGGCACAUUCAAAGAAGUGGAAGAUGUUUGGAAGUGUGUAGCUGGACAUGGUGUUCAUUCAGAAGAGGAGAUGAAUAUCAGAAGCUACAGCUCAGCAGGUCUGGGAUCAGCUCAAAGUCGCACCUCACCACCAGUUGAACCUGUUGAGGUUGAUGAAAUUGUCAUGCAGUACAUAAAAGAAAAAAAAUCUGAGGCAUAUAAAAGGAUUGUAAGGAAUAAUGUCACCAUUACACAUAACAAAGGACAUGUGGCCUUUUCAUCUAUGACCGGAGACGGCAUUCUUGCUCAACUUGCACGAGAACAGUUCAUAACAUUAUAUCAGAAAACAGCAACAGGGCUACACACCCGCGCAUACAACUUAGAUCCAAGAGUUAUAAGUCAAUUAAAUGCAGAAUUCCCAGAAAUCCUCAUUGAAAUCAGUAGUGAUAAAAAAGGACUGAUACUGACUGGCAGCUUCAUUAGCCUUGAAAUAUUUGAGAAAUAUUUUAAUGCCCAAGGGUCUUCACGGAACCAAAUCCAAAAUACGACACAAGACUACGGUACACCUAACAUGCAGCCUGUUAUGCAAGAGAAAAAAAUAGUGGAAGCCAAAGAGGAGACAUGCCCCAUUUGUCUGGAAACAAUCAGAAAGGCAGACUGUGAAAUGUUGCCAAAAUGCAAACACUGCUUUUGCAAAGGCUGUUUGAAAAGGGCUUUCCAGGAAAAACCUGCUUGUCCAAUUUGUGGAGAGAUAUAUGGCAGUCUUACGGGUACACAACCAAAAGAAGGCACCAUGAAUCACUCAAAAGAUGACUCAUCUUUACCUGGAUAUGAGAAGUAUGGAACAAUCACAAUUAAGUACUACAUACCAAGUGGCAUUCAGGGGAAUGAGCACCCAAACCCAGGCCAGAGUUACCAUGGAGCAUCCCGCACAGCUUACCUACCUGAUUCGACAGAGGGGAGGAAAGUACUGAAGCUUCUGGAGAGGGCAUUUAAUCAACGACUCACUUUUACCGUCGGUCGCUCCUCUACCACCGGAAUAAAUAAUGUAGUGACCUGGAACGACAUCCACCAUAAAACCUCUCGUUCUGGGGGGCCAACAAAUUAUGGUUACCCAGAUCCAGAAUACCUGAAACGAGUACAAGAUGAACUGAAAGCAAAAGGGAUUUAUUGAUUUUUUUUUUGUGUGUGUGUGUGUGUAGUUUUAUUUGAUACUUUAAAGUAAGUAUCCAGUAGUAGUUGAUAUGCAAUAGACACUAAGCUUAUUACAAUGUUCACAGUGGAAAAAUUUAUUUACAAUUAAAUUAAAUAGUAAAAUAUAAAGUAAUAUAAAAGCAAUAGUAUAAGUGUGUUAUAUUAGACUUUGAUUGCCAUCUAUAUGAUCAUAGAACAGUACACAAUAAACUCCAUCCCUUGAAUGUUUAGAAUUUAUGGUUAUAUGAAUGUAUAUACAUUUGGUUUGAUUUGUUUCUCACAUUUCUAAAUCUUAUGUAAACAAUUAAGGGAAACUGAGCUUCUAAAGUGUUUUGUUGAAGCUACAGUACAGUACUUUUUUCCUUUUUUUUUUACACUACUGUUGUGUUUGUAAAAUUGUGACAUUAGUUGAAUCAAGUGAUUUCGACAAUGCUUUUACUAUUAUUAUGCAGUGUCACUAAUUUAAUAUAAUUAAAUAAAGUGUCAUGUUUACUCAUAUGA